AUGGACUCCAUGUCUGGUAUGUCUAUGGGCACCAUGGCCACGACCACUGCGUCUGUCGCGACGACUGCUGCGUCAAUGGCCAUGGGCUCUAUGACCAUGUCGAUGUCCCCGACUUCUACCGCUGCCUCGAGCAGCAGCGGCGGCAGCAUGAGUGGAAUGGACAUGGGCCAUUCGUGCAAGAUCUCUAUGUUGUGGAACUGGAAUACCGUUGACUCCUGCUUCAUCUCUAAAUCAUGGCAUAUCACCUCUCACGGCAUGUUCGGUGGCUCCUGCAUCGGCGUCAUCUGUCUCGUCAUCUCUCUUGAAUUCCUCCGCCGUGUUGGUCGUGAAUAUGAUGCCUUCAUCGUCCGUCGCGCCAGGCUGAGGAGACAGUAUCUGUCCUCUAUGCCUUCCCUAUCCUCUCCUCUGACUUCCUCCGCCACCCCCUUUGGCACUUCUGGCGUCCCUGGAGCCGAAAUAGAGAAUGCCAGCCAUUGUUCGAAUCACGAAGCUCACGCUGCCCCCAAGACUGAUGCACGCUCUGCAGCCGCUGGCUAUGAUCCUGCGCAGAACGCAUCCAUGGACCCUGUACGACCUACUAUUGUCGAACAGUUUAUCCGCGCCACGUUGCAUAUGGUCCAGUUUGCCGUUGCGUACUUCGUCAUGUUGCUCGCUAUGUAUUUCAACGGAUACAUCAUUAUCUGUAUCUUCAUUGGGGCUUGGUUGGGGGCUUUUAUCUUUUCAUGGGAGCCUCUGGGGCCUGGGAAGGAGAUUGAUGUUACGCAAGUAACCAAAUGCUGUGGAUGA